AUAAAGAGUCAUAUAUUUGGAGAAAUAUUUCUUCUUCUUUUUGCCUUAUCUCAUAAUGUCUAUUAAACAUGUUUUUUUCUUUAUGGUGUUUGUCUGUGUUGUAGUCUCUGCCAAUGCUCAACUACCCCAGUUUCCCAUCCCAUUUCCUUUUCCACUCCCAUUCCAACCAAGUCCCGCUAUUCCCGGCCUACCUGAUGUAGCAAAAUGUUGGUCUUCAGUGAUGGAUAUUCCAGGAUGCAUUAUAGAGAUUUACACAUCCAUACUCACAGGACAAUUCAGACAUAUAGGUCCUUCCUGUUGCAAAGCAUUUUUGGAAGCCGAAGCCAACUGCUUACCGAAACUUCCAUUCAACCCACUUUUUCCUCUCAAAGAACAAUGUUCAAGAAUUGCUAACACAGCUCCUCCUACCACAAAAUAGAUUUUUACAUUAGUAGAAGUAAUAGCUAUAUCGUUUUUAUUUUUUAAGGUAUUUUAACAUUUUAGCUAAAUUCUACGAUGUUAUCCUCCAAAAAUACGAUUAUAUAAACAGCAUUUUUGAAAUAAAUAUAUUCCUGUAUUUCCUUUUAUAUUAACCAUGCGGUUCAUGACUGUGAAGAUUCUAAACUAAUCUUACUUAUAAAACAUACUUAAAUUAUACUCCAAACUAAACUAUACAAUUUAAUAUUUGGGAAAGUACAUGGGUUGCAUCUACAAAAUAUAUGUAAAGAAGAACAGAGUAGAAUGAUCAAUUUAAGAUCCAAGUUUCACUUUACAAUAAUCUGAAAGAAGUCUAUUCAUAAUUUUACACAAGUUGUAUAAGUUUCCCAUCUUUUUCUGUUUUUUUUUUGUUUCAUAAAAUGAGCAUUUUUGUGUGUUUUAAUGUAAAUUUACUACUUCUAUAUCUACAUAUAUAAAUUUUUGAAAUGUAUAUUAUAUAUUAAAGUAUGAUUUUUUUAUUAUUAAAAUGUGUGAAAAACUACCUUCUUCGUGAAACAUAGAGAAACAUAUGCACUAUAAGAAUUCACUUGUGAAUACUCAAGACUUGUCUUGGAACAUGUCCAUCUCUAUAUUGACUUGGGCAUUUACUAUCUAAAUCAUAAGAAGCAUAGUUAGUAGAAAAAAUCUUUGAUUUCGUUAUAUGUGUGUUUAAUGACUAAAUUGUUUCUAAAUGAUGUUUUUCUCUGUGAAAGAAGUAACCACCUAAACAAACCAAUAUAGUUAGCCCGUUUAAAUUGUUAAUUUCAACACAAUUCUACUUACAAGCUUAUUAUAAAAACAAAUUAUCAUGUUAUCUCUCCUAAAAAAUUAAUUUCUUUGGCUUAAUUAAAAGUUGUUUUGCGUCUAACCAUAUAGAAAUCCAAAAUACCAUCAAGACUCUAGAAAUUGGAAGAUUGCAUGCCCAUGGUUUCAAGAGGGAGAGAGAGAGAGAGUGUGUGUGUGUGUGUGUGUGUGAGAGAGAGAGAGAGAGAGAGAGAGAGAGAGAGAGAGAGAGAGAGAGAGAGAUGGAGAUAAAGAGAGAGAGAUAUUUGUCUUAGACGGGAGAUUAUUUGAAAACAAUAGUAUUGAAGCAUAACAAAAACGGUAAGACUAUAAACUUGUCUGAUCAGUUUUGUCAUGACUUAAAAAGCCCACUAGUUAUUUGUUUUUAAUGUUGUUUGUCUAAUCCGUUUUAGCUUUGUUUUACUUUUGAAAACAGGUAAUUAAAUUUAGUAUAAAAGUCAAAAGAUGUUUCUUAAGCUUCUUUCCAUUCCAUACUCACAGGACAAUUCGGACAUAUAGGUCCUUCCUGUUGCAAAGCAUUUUUGGAAGCCGAAGCCAAUUGCUUACCGAAACUUCCAUUCAACCCACUUUUUCCUCUCAAAGAACAAUGUUCAAGAAUUGCUAACGCAGCCCCUCCUACUACAAAAUAGAGUUUUACAUUAGUAGAAGUAAUAGCUAUGUCGUUUUUAUUUUUCAAGGUAUUUUAACAGUUUAUCUAAAUACUACGAUGUUAUCCUCCAAAAAUACGAUUAUAUAAACAGCAUUCAAGCUCAUAAAAAUAUUCCUGCAUUUCCUUUUAUAUUAACCAUGCGAUUUAUACUGUGAAGAUUCUGAACUAAUCUUACUUAUAAAACAUACUUAAAUUAUACUCCAAACUAAACUAUACAAUUUAAUAUUUGGGAAAGUUCAUGGGUUGCAUCUACAAAAUAUAUGUAAAGAAGAAUAUAAGAGAAUGAUCGAUUUAAGAUCCGAGCUUCAUAUUACAAUAAUCUGAAAGAAGUAUAUUCAUAACUUUUAUACAAGUUGUAUAAGUUUCCCAUCUUUUUCUGUUUUUUUUUUGUUUCAUAAAAAUAGCAUUUUCGUGUGUUGUAAUGUAACUUUACAACUUCUGUAUCUACAUAUAUAAAUUUAUGAAAUGUAUUUUAUAUAUUAAAGUAUGAUUAUUUUUAUUAUUAAAAUGUGUGAAAACUCAAAACUACCUUCUUCGUGAAACAUAGAGAAACAUAUGCACUAUAAGAAUUCAUUUGUGAAUACUCAAGACUUGUCUUGGAACAUGUCCAUCUCUAUAUUGACUUGUGCAUUUACUAUCUAAAUCAGAAGAAGCAUAGUUAGUAGAAAAAAUCUUUGAUUUCAUUAUAUGUCUGUUUAAUGACUAAAUUCAUUCUAAAUGAUGUUUUUCUCUAUUAAAGAAGUCACAACCUAAACAUGCCAAUAUAGUUAACCCGUUUAAUUGUUAAUUUCAACACAAUUCUUCUUAUAAGCUUAUUAUAAAAACUAAUUAUCAUGUUAUCUCUCCUAAAAAAUAAUUUCUUUGGCUUAAUAAAAAGUUGUUUAGCAUCUAACCAUAUUGAAAACCAAAGUACCAUCAAGACUCUAGAAAUUGAAAGAUUGGAUGCCCAUGGUUUCAAGAGGGAGAGAGAGAGAUGGAGAUAGAGAGAGAUAGCUAUUUGUCUUAGAUGGGAGAUUAUUUGAAAACAAUAGUAUUGAAGCAUAACAAAAACGGUAAGACUAUAAACUUGUCUGAUCAGUUUUGUCAUGACUUAAAAAGCCCACUAGUUAUUUGUUUUUAAUGUUGUUUGUCCCAUCGGUUUCAGCUUUGUUUUACUUUUGAAAACAGGUAAAUAAAUUUAGUAUAAAAGUCAAAAGAUGUUACUUAAGCUUCUUUCCAUUCCAUAUAAAUAGUCAAAGGAUUGUACUAUCUGCUCAUCAAUCAAAACACAAACUCGAUAAAGACUCAUAUAUUUGGAGAAAUCUUUUUUCCUUAUCUCAUAAUGUUUAUUAAACAUGUUUUUUUUAUGGUGGUUGUUUGUGUUCUUUUUUUUUUUUUUCUUUUUGUUACUAAUUUGUCUGUGUUCUUAACCUACCAUAAAAUAGAGUUUUACAUUAAUAGAAGUAAUAGCUAUGUCGUUUUUAUUUUUCAAGGUAUUUGAACAUUUUAGCUAAAUUCUACGAUGCAAACAUUAUUUUUAUUAUUAAAAUGUGUGAAAACUCCAAACUAUUUUCUUCGUGAAACAUAUGCAUUGUAAGAAUUCACUUGCAAACACUCAAGACUUGUCUUGGAACAUGUCUAUCUCUAUAUUGACUUGUGCAUUUACUAUCUAAAUCAGAAGAAGCAUAGUUAUAUAGAAAAAAUAUUUGAUUUUGUUAUAUGUGUUUUAAUGACUAAAUUGUUUCUAAAUGAUGUUUUUCUCUAUUAAAGAAGUCACCACCUAAACAAGCCAAUAUAGUUAGCCCGUUUAAAUUGUUAUUUUCAACACAAUUCUGUUCACAAGCUUAAUAUAGAAAUUGGUUAUCAAGAGAGAGAGAGAGAGAGAGAGAGAGAGAGAGGGAGAGAGAGGGAGAGAGAGAGAGAGAGAGAGAGAGAGAGAGAGAGAGAGAGAGAGAGAGAGAGAGAGAGAGAGAGAGAGAGAGAGAGAGAGAGAGAGAGAUAGCUAUUUUGCUUAAAUUUUACUACAAACUAAAAUUAUACAAUUUGAUACAUAGAAAAGUACAUGAAUUGCAUCUACGAAAUAAAUAUAAAGAAAAACAAAAGAGAAUGAUCAAUUUAAUAUAUCAGAAAUCUUUUUUUUUUAACUCGUAAUGUCUAUUAAACAUUUUUUUGUUUUAAUGGUGGUUGUAGUAUCUGCCUAUGCUCUCAACUACUCUAGUUUCCUAUCUCAUUUUCUUUUCCACUACCAUUUCAACUAAGUUCGAGUUUUUUUAGAUUGCCUAAUGUAGCAAAAUAUUGAUCUUCAGUGAUUUAUUUUCCAUGAUGCACUAAACUAAAUCAUAUGAUUAACACUAAACUCUAAAUUUUAGGAUUAACCCUAAACCCUGAAGUGAACUCUAAAUCCUAGAGUUAUUCCUAAAUCUGUCAGCAAAACCCUAAAGUGAACCCUAAAUCAUAGAGUUAUUCCUAAAUCUGUCAGCAAAACCCUAAACCCUAAACUUUAAAUCUUAGGGUUUACUGUUAACUCUAGGAUUUAGAACUAUCUCUAGAAUUUAGGAUUAGUGUUUAAAGUUUUAGGAUUAAGUGUUAAUCUUAGAGUAUAAAGUUUAUUAUUUGUAUUAAAUUUAGGGAUGAAAUUUUGUAAUGUCUAAUUUUUUAUUUUUGCAAUUAAUAUUAUUUUUAAUUUAUUUUGGGGCAAAUCUCCAAAAUAGCACAUUUCUAAGUUUAUAUCACAAAAAUAGCACUCAAAAACUAAAAUGACCAAAAUAGCAUUUUAUCUUUUGAAAAAUUUAAAUUUUUUUUAUUUUUCAAAAUUUGAAAUAUUAUCUCCAAAAUCCCAAUUCCCAACUCUAAACCCUAAAACCUAAACUCUAAACCCUAAACUCUAAACUCUAAACCCUAAACCCUAAAUCUUAAUCCCUACCCCUUAACUCUAAACCCUAAUGUCUAUACUAAUUUACCAUAGUGGUAUAAACAUUUAUUUAUUUCUUUUGAUAAAACAUUAAGUGCUAUUUUUGUGACUUUUGACCUUGAGUGCUAGUUUGUGAACAAAAACUUGAUUUAAUGCUAUUUUUGUUUUUUUUCUUUAUUUUUUCAUAAAUAAAAUUGACACGUGGUAGUUUUUUAUUAGUUAAUAUCUAAAAGGUGAACCUAUAAGAGGUGAAUCCAGAAAUAAAUCCGGCACUGUUAAGCCCGACAAAAGCGAGCACUAGUACUUUAAACCAAGCUUGUCACAAAGUUGGGACGUUUUUACUGCUCAGUGAAUUAAUAAAUUGGCAAAUUUCGAAAAAGAAAA